UAACUUGAACGAAGGAAAGUAAAAAGAAAAUAGUGAUCAUUUAAGCCCAUUAUGUGGCACAGUGUGGCAAAGGUCGGGAGUUCGAAUCCACCAGCUGCUCUUUGGAGACCUAUGUGGCAGUUCUCCUCUGUCCUAUCAGGUCGCUAUGAGUCACUAUGGGUAGAACCCUACGAAUUUACGAAUGAAGGUUAAGAUAAAUGUGAAAGAUUAUAAAUAUUUUAGCAUGCACGAAUUGUCAUCUUUGACUCUUCUGUGUCUUUCAUUAGUCUUUUUAUGAAAGUAUGUACAAAAUAUAGAAUUUUUGCUAUUAUCUAACAAAAUUCUGUGUGUUUUUGCUUUUCUGAAGGAAAUGCUUGAUUGCUCCGAAUAUGGAAAUGGAUCUUGCACAGAAAAUGAAAGGUCAGUGGGUGUCCGAGCUGCCAUGUAUGUAUUUUUGGCUGGAGCUAUAUUCAUCACGGUGUUUGGCAAUCUUGCCAUGAUAAUUUCCAUUUCCUACUUCAAGCAGCUUCACACACCAACCAACCUCCUCAUCCUCUCCAUGGCCGCGACUGAUUUUCUCCUGGGAUUCACCAUCAUGCCAUAUAGUAUGAUCAGAUCUGUGGAAAAUUGCUGGUAUUUUGGGCUUACAUUUUGCAAGAUUCAUUAUAGUUUUGACUUGAUGCUUAGCAUAACGUCCAUUUUCCAUCUUUGUUCAGUGGCCAUUGAUAGAUUUUAUGCUAUCUGUUACCCUUUACAUUACUCUACCAAAAUGACGGUUCCGGUCAUUAGACGGUUGCUACUUCUCUGCUGGUCAAUACCUGGAGCAUUUGCGUUUGCGGUGGUCUUCUCGGAGGCCUACGCAGAUGGAAUAGAAGGCUAUGACAUCUUGGUUGCUUGCUCUAGUUCCUGCCCUGUGAUGUUCAACAAGUUAUGGGGGACCACUUUGUUUAUGGCAGGUUUCUUCACUCCUGGGUCUGUAAUGGUGGGGAUUUAUGGCAAAAUUUUUGCAGUAUCUAGAAAACAUGCUCGUGUAAUCAAUAACUUGCCAGAAAAUCAAAAUAACCAAAUGCGGAAAGACAAAAAAGCAGCCAAAACUUUAGGAAUAGUGAUGGGCAUUUUCUUGUUAUGUUGGUUUCCCUGUUUCUUUACAAUUUUACUGGAUCCCUUUUUGAACUUUUCUACUCCUGCAGUUUUGUUUGAUACCCUGACAUGGUUUGGCUAUUUUAACUCCACAUGUAAUCCCUUAAUAUAUGGUUUCUUCUAUCCCUGGUUUCGAAGAGCACUUAAAUACAUUUUGCUAGGUAAAAUUUUCAGCUCACAUUUCCAUAAUAUUAAUUUGUUUUCUCAAAAAGAAACUGAAUAGAUUUAGUCUGUAUGAGUGAAUUAAAACAAAAGGACUGGAGCUUAGAAGAAUAAAAUUGUUU